AUGAUAGAGAGGGUCCUGGAGCAAGAAAGAGCACUGGCUAAAGUCCUGUCCGCUGACAAGAAAACUAGACCUCUAGUCCUUACCUGGCAGGACAUAGAGGUCCUGGAGGCCAUUCAGAAAGCUCUAAAACCUCUUCAGGACUUUACAGAUGCUCUCUCAGGAGAGGCCUACGUGACCCUGUCGUAUGUCAGACCUGUACUUCACCUGUUCAACAAUCGUCUCAUGGCAUCUGAAGAAGGGGAUAGUGAGCUGUGUAAGUCCAUCAAGACCAAAGUUGUGGAUUACCUCAAUAACAAAUAUGCAGACCCAACUACCAGUGACCUGUUGGAUAUAGCCUCUCUUCUAGAUCCAAGAUUCAGGGCCAAAUACAUCUCAUGUGACCAUGACCACAUGGAACGCAGAGUUAUUUUGGAGACUCAGUCUUUGCUGCAUGAAUGUGUGCGCGAGCUGAAUGACCCAACAGAACAAGAAGGAGCAGCUGUGGCAGUGCCACCUAAUCCAAAAAGAAAGAAAUCACUCGCAAGCUUCUUUAAAGAGAGUCCUGGCACUGGUAGUGCCACCGGCACCAAACUCACACCGAGAGAGACAAUAGAACAUGAACUGUCAACCUAUCUGCAGUCAAUCUGUAUAGAGAGUGAUGCUGACCCACUCAAAUGGUGGAAGGACCAUGAGGUUGCUUUUCCAGCACUGAGCCGCCUGGCCAACAACAUGUUGGGCUACACAGUGAUCCGUGGCGGCCUGGGGAUGCUGGCGGUGCGGAGGGUGUGUGUGGUGUCUCGCUCGGCCCACUCUGCCCCACGCACGGAGCACCGCCCAAUCAAGAAGGUCAUGGUGGCCAACAGAGGGGAGAUUGCUAUUAGAGUUUUCCGUGCCUGCACAGAGCUGGGGAUUCGCACUGUGGCCGUCUACUCCGAACAGGACACUGGACAAAUGCACAGGCAAAAGGCAGAUGAAGCUUAUUUGAUCGGAAAAGGCCUGGCUCCUGUGGCUGCUUACCUGCACAUCCCCGACAUCAUCAAAGUGGCCAAGGACAAUAAUGUAGAUGCAAUACACCCUGGUUAUGGCUUCCUAUCGGAGCGUUCAGACUUCGCCCAGGCCUGUGCUGAUGCUGACGUCAUGUUUGUCGGACCAUCCCCAGAGACUGUGCGGAAAAUGGGGGAUAAAGUAGAGGCUCGAUCCCUGGCCAUCAGUGCAGGUGUGCCGGUGGUGCCAGGAACAAACUCUCCCAUCUCUAGUCUGCGAGAGGCCCAGGUCUUUGCCCAGACAUACGGGUUCCCCAUCAUCUUCAAAGCGGCGUACGGAGGUGGAGGCAGAGGCAUGAGGGUGGUCCGUGAGAUAGAGGAGCUGGAGGAGAAUUACCAGAGGGCGUACUCGGAAGCUCUGGCUGCUUUUGGGAAUGGAGCGCUGUUUAUCGAGAAGUUUAUUGAAAAACCCAGACACAUUGAAGUCCAAAUUCUGGGUGACAAAUAUGGGAAUGUCGUUCACCUUUAUGAGAGGGACUGCUCCAUCCAGCGCAGGCACCAAAAGGCCAGACCAGACCAGAGCUCAGGCCAGACCAGACAAGAGCUCAGGCGAGAGCUCAGGCCAGACCAGACGAGAGCUCAGGCCAGACCAGACGAGAGCUCAGGCCAGACCAGACGAGAGCUCAGGCCAGACCAGACGAGAGCUCAGGCCAGACCAGACGAGAGCUCAGGCCAGACCAGACGAGAGCUCAGGCCAGACCAGACGAGAGCUCAGGCCAGACCAGACGAGAGCUCAGGCCAGACCAGACGAGAGCUCAGGCCAGACCAGACGAGAGCUCAGGCCAGACCAGACGAGAGCUCAGGCCAGACCAGACGAGAGCUCAGGCCAGACCAGACGAGAGCUCAGGCCAGACCAGACGAGAGCUCAGGCCAGACCAGACGAGAGCUCAGGCCAGACCAGACGAGAGCUCAGGCCAGACCAGACGAGAGCUCAGGCCAGACCAGACGAGAGCUCAGGCCAGACCAGACGAGAGCUCAGGCCAGACCAGACGAGAGCUCAGGCCAGACCAGACGAGAGCUCAGGCCAGACCAGACGAGAGCUCAGGCCAGACCAGACGAGAGCUCAGGCCAGACCAGACGAGAGCUCAGGCCAGACCAGACGAGAGCUCAGGCCAGACCAGACGAGAGCUCAGGCCAGACCAGACGAGAGCUCAGGCCAGACCAGACGAGAGCUCAGGCCAGACCAGACGAGAGCUCAGGCCAGACCAGACGAGAGCUCAGGCCAGACCAGACGAGAGCUCAGGCCAGACCAGACGAGAGCUCAGGCCAGACCAGACGAGAGCUCAGGCCAGACCAGACGAGAGCUCAGGCCAGACCAGACGAGAGCUCAGGCCAGACCAGACGAGAGCUCAGGCCAGACCAGACGAGAGCUCAGGCCAGACCAGACGAGAGCUCAGGCCAGACCAGACGAGAGCUCAGGCCAGACCAGACGAGAGCUCAGGCCAGACCAGACGAGAGCUCAGGCCAGACCAGACGAGAGCUCAGGCCAGACCAGACGAGAGCUCAGGCCAGACCAGACGAGAGCUCAGGCCAGACCAGACGAGAGCUCAGGCCAGACCAGACGAGAGCUCAGGCCAGACCAGACGAGAGCUCAGGCCAGACCAGACGAGAGCUCAGGCCAGACCAGACGAGAGCUCAGGCCAGACCAGACGAGAGCUCAGGCCAGACCAGACGAGAGCUCAGGCCAGACCAGACGAGAGCUCAGGCCAGACCAGACGAGAGCUCAGGCCAGACCAGACGAGAGCUCAGGCCAGACCAGACGAGAGCUCAGGCCAGACCAGACGAGAGCUCAGGCCAGACCAGACGAGAGCUCAGGCCAGACCAGACGAGAGCUCAGGCCAGACCAGACGAGAGCUCAGGCCAGACCAGACGAGAGCUCAGGCCAGACCAGACGAGAGCUCAGGCCAGACCAGACGAGAGCUCAGGCCAGACCAGACGAGAGCUCAGGCCAGACCAGACGAGAGCUCAGGCCAGACCAGACGAGAGCUCAGGCCAGACCAGACGAGAGCUCAGGCCAGACCAGACGAGAGCUCAGGCCAGACCAGACGAGAGCUCAGGCCAGACCAGACGAGAGCUCAGGCCAGACCAGACGAGAGCUCAGGCCAGACCAGACGAGAGCUCAGGCCAGACCAGACCAGAGCUCAGGCCAGACCAGACCAGAGCUCAGGCCAGACCAGACCAGAGCUCAGGCCAGACCAGACCAGAGCUCAGGCCAGACCAGACCAGACCAGACCCGCUCAGGCCAGACCAGACCAGACCAGACCCGCUCAGGCCAGACCAGACCAGACCAGACCCGCUCAGGCCAGACCAGACCAGACCAGACCCGCUCAGGCCAGACCAGACCAGACCAGACCCGCUCAGGCCAGACCAGACCAGACCCGCUCAGGCCAGACCCGCUCAGGCCAGACCAGACCAGACCCGCUCAGGCCAGACCACAGCUCAGGCCAGACCCAGUCCAAAUGUUGUGGAGAUCGCACCGGCUUUUCAACUGCCCCCAAACCUGAGGGCACGCCUUCACGCAGACGCCAUUAGCCUCGCCAAACUGGUGGGCUACGAGAAUGCAGGCACGGUGGAGUUUUUGGUGGACAAACACGACAAUCACUACUUCAUCGAGGUGAACUCCCGGCUGCAGGUGGAGCACACAGUCACUGAAGAAAUCACAGAGUAA